AUGGCUUUGAUCAUCAGAACUCUUCUACUCCCCAACUCCUUUUCACUUGUUUCUAAGAACUAUGAAUUCGGGUUGUUGAAAUCGGAUGCCAGGAAUGUAAAAUUGAAGUUCUUAGAAGUACCUCAAAUUGUUUGGGGGUUUAACAAUCAAAAGAUUGCUUUUGCAAGAGCUUGUUUAACCGCAAGAACCCUAAAUAGAUCCCUUCUAAUGCCUAGCCUAAGUGCAUCUUUAUUCUACAAAGAAAUCGAUCAACUACAACCUAUUUCAUUCCAUAAGAUCUUCCAGUUCGAGAAAUUUAAUUCUCUUUGUAAUGGGUUUGUCCAAUUAAGUGGAUAUUCCGAUCUAACGAAUCAAUGUAGCAUAAUUAAUCUUCAUAAGGGGAGUGGUAGGAAAUGGACACUUGAAAGAGAUCUUGAUCAAUUAAAAGAGUUUAGCAAGCAAGAUUAUGAUGUUUAUGAAACAAUUCGAAUACUCGGAAAAAACCCAUUUUUAUGGCGGGAUCAUUGGCCCGUUAGCGAUUAUGCCAAGGUGUUUGAAUGCUUAGUUUUAGUAGACGAUAUCUCAAAAGAAGCGGAUGAAGUUGUGUCAAAGAUUAAACAAUUUGGAGGUGAUAAAAACGGUGUUUCUUUGGAUCAAACACCGUAUGUAGCAAUCCAUAUGAGGAUUGAAAAAGAUUGGAUGAUACAUUGUAAAAAACUAGAACAAAGAUCAAACGUAUCGGACAUUUGUAGUAGUAGAGAGGAAAUCAUGACUCGAGUAGCAAAUCUUCGAACCCUAAAGCCAUCGGCAAUUCUUUACCUUGCUGUGGCGAAUGAAUUGCUCGAGGACGAUCUGAUUUUGAUUGGUUGGAAAGAAGGUAUGCAUCCGGAUGACAAGAAGCGAUUAGGGGUAGUUGGGAUUUAUGAGAAGUAUCCAUAUUUGAUUCAGUCAGCUAUAGACUAUGAAGUUUGUUCGAGGGCGGAUGUGUUUGUGGGCAAUAGUUAUUCCACAUUUUCGAGCCUAUUGGUUCUAGAGAGAACUCAAAGGAUGAUCAAAAUGGGUGUUUCAAAUGUCUGUGGGAUUGAUGCAUGA